AUGGCCUGUACCUUAGACUGUGAAGGAAUUAAGGAGUUUUUUGGGGCUGACAGGGUAUUACAAAAGGUUCAUACAACACUAUGGACAUAUAGCUUUAUAUGGAAUGAGGGAGCUCAGAAUUCUUUUAAGCAAUUGAAGCAGCUCAUGGUCACUGCACCAGUACUUAAACUACUUGAUUUCAGUAAGCCUUUCAUCAUUGAAACUGAUGCAAGUGGAGGAGGUCUAGGAGUUGUCUUAAUGCAGGAGGGCCAUCCUAUUGCAUUUUUAAGCAAAGCACUCUCCCCUAGAAAUCUUGGUUUAUCUGUAUCUGAGAAGGAACUCCUUGCCUUGGUCAUGGCUAUUACUAACAUAAGUGGUGGGUUGGACUAUGAAAUUCAUUAUAAAAAGGGUGCUGAAAAUCUUGUUGCAGAUGCACUCUCAAGGAGGCAUGAGAGAGGUGUCACAGUAAACAGUAACACUAGAUCCUGCUUGGCCCUUUCUGCUGUAAAACCAGGCUGGAUUGAGGAACUGUUGAAAAAUUAUGAAGGUGAUCCACAGUGCCAAGAGAUCAUGUCUCAGCUACUACUAGAUUCAGCAUCUCAACCUUUUUAUACUCUAACAGAUGGGAUAUUGAGAUACCAAGAAAAAAUGGAUAAGGUGUUCACAUGUUGCCUUUGGAAGAAGCUGUUCAAACUAGUAGGAACACAACUCAAUUACUCUUCUUCAUACCAUCCCCAGUCAGACGGCCAGAGUGAGAGGCUCAACCAAUGUUUGGAAUCCUAUUUGAGAUGCAUGACCUGUGAGUUUCCAUCCCAGUGGAGCAAAUCGAUACCUAUUGCAGAAUGGUGGAACAAUUCUGCAUACCACACUAGCCUGGAACUCUCACCAUUUGAAGCCUUGUUUGGGUACAAGCCAACUCAUCUUCCGUUAGGACCCUAUUUGGAUUCAAAGAUACCUGCUGCAGCCCAGAUGUUGCAGGAAAGGACUAGAAUUGUCAGCAGUAUCAGAGAGCACUUAUCCAAAGCUCAGAACAUGAUGAAGCAUUUUGCUGACAAGCACAGGACUGAGCGAGAAUUUGCAGUAGGAGACUGGGUAUUUCUAAAACUGCAGCGUUAUAGGCAGCAAUCUGUCUCAAUUAGAAAAUGUUUGAAACUCUCUGCCAAGUAUUUUGGGCCUUUUCAGGUUGAAGAAAGGAUUGGGAAGGUAGCUUACAAACUGAAAUUCCCUGCAAGGGCCAGAGUGCAUCCAGUAUUCCAUGUAUCCUUACUUAAGAAGAAGGUAGGCCUUCUGCAGCAGAUCUCUACUACAUUGCCAGAAUAG